AUGUAUAAUCAAAUUGGUUCUAAUUUAGUGUAAGCACCUUUUGGUGUGAUGAUUCCAGGAUUCUUGAGUUAGACUUAAUUUUUGAUGAAUGGAAAUUAUUAUUUUAUGGAUGUUUAAAAUGCCAAGUAAAUGCACUCAAUAGCUUUAUUUUUACUCAAUCCUAUACCUGAAGGAUAUGCAGUGUGUUUAUUUUACUCUAGAUAUCCUUUUGAUGGAAUUUCAUUCUUAGGUGCUAUUGCUAAUCAAAGACCUUCAGACAUUUUUGCUACAUCUUUCAAUUAAAUAUUAACCAAUUAAGAUUAAAUUAAAUUAGUACUUAGUGUCGAACCUAUUAAUGAAUAGAUUACAGAACUUGUAUAAUUAACUAAUGAUGCUCAAAACAAACUAAAAUAUGGUUUAACAAUAGCACAAAACCUUUAUAAUUUUAUGACUGCUUAUAAUAAAGAAGUUGUGAUUAAUGGAUAGGAAAUAGAUGUUUUAGUCACACCAGCCAAUGUCCUUUAAAUUUGGCUUCAAAAAUUAUAACAAAAAUAUAAAGAAAAUCCAAACUUUAUAUAUAAAACCACUAAGUGA